AUGAAGAAGUACAAUUCGCCGACGCCAUCGCCCUUGGCAGAGGAAUUUCAGGGGAAACAGAUGAGACUUGCGAAAAGAGGGCAAGAUAGCACGAGCAAUGGGAAAUCUACGCAACAGGACGAAUUUCAAAUGAGACCCAUUAGACUAGGGAGCAGAAAUAGGUCAAUUGGAAGUUCUACCACCGCAUCCAGCACUAAUAUCAACAAUAAUAACGGUAAUAAUAGUAGCAAUAGUAGUAACAAUAAUAAUAGUAGCUCGUCAAACACAUCACCGAACCGUCCAACGGCCUUGUCGUUGUCUCAUGAUCAGAAUCAAACUCCAGUGCAUUCCCCAAGUUCGUCAUCCAGUUCAAUAUCUCGAAAAAUGCAUACUAAUUUUAAUAUCGUAAGUACCGAUGUGAACGAUACAUCGCUGAAUAACUCUUCUCAUAUCCAAGUGAAGUCGCUACCAAUCGAGAAGAGAAGGCCAAGUAGUGUGCAUAGCAAGGGUCAUAGUCGGGGCAGUAGCAUCGUUUCACCAACUACACAAGUGCUGAUGGAAAGAUCAAGCUUCAGUGGUGGUCAUGGCGGCCCCACAUAUCUGUGUAACGAUAAAAUAUUUGCUGUCUGCUUAGUAAACUUUCACCAUUUAAGAGGACCAGAAGUUCAGUAUUGGAAAUCGAAUUAUUUCCCUGAGUAUGACCCUUCCCUUUUCAAGAAUUUACCAUUCCAAGCCCUCCCAGACGGAUCUCAUCUAUUCGAAGAAACCUUUUCGAAUUUUAAUUUAUGUUAUGACUUUGCAAGUGGAGAAUCUUUAGAUGACGGUAAUGAUUAUAAUGUCUAUAGUUCUCAGAUCAAGAACAUGAAAACCCUCAAAACGCUAUUUGGGUGUUCUUGUGUACAGCAGGUAAAGACAUCAGAUUUAUCUCAAGAAGAAAUGGAUAGGAAUAAAGAUAUCACAAGGUCCAUAGUCCAGAAGGCAGUGGUUGUGAUAUGUAGAAAGCAGCCGAUAUUUAACAAGAUCAAGGAGAAGUUGUCUAUAAUUACCGGAUGCUAUUUUCAGCAAGGGGAUUUCAAUAAUUUUGAAAUACUAGAUCUGUUGUUCGACAAUUUGAACGACAUUUUUGUUACUCGCCCCACCAUGGACGACAAAGGAGCUGAUACAAAGGAAACUGAAUUGCCCCCUCCAUCUAUUGACUAUACAUACGAAAAAGCUAUGAACGAAGAGAGGCUAAAAAAUGAAAAGGAGGAGGAAUUUUUUGUGAACCUAAACCUUCAAAAAUCAAUCCUAAAAUUUGCAUCUAAGUUCCUUAUUAUUUUCAAGAGUAUAAUCCUUGAGAAGAAAGUAGUCAUCUAUUCGAAUAAUAACUUGGAAUUAUUAACUCAAUUUCAAAAUACAUUGAUUCUGCUUAUGCCCAAUCUAAUAAAUCACCUUGACUUGGCAGGAUGCCCACUUUUGGAUUAUUCUGAAAUUAAUGGACCACUCAGGAAACCCAUCUCGUUGAAUACGAAUAAUAGACACUCAAUGUUAAGGUUUUUCGGGUUACCCUUACAAAUAUUUAAUACAAAGGGCUCUUUCUGGAAUCCAUACUUACCCCUUCAACAGUUGAGCGAAUUAAGUGCAAACGAAACUGUAAGUUAUAUGGUUGGGUGCUCCAACUUAUUAUUUGUCAACCAACUGGAUCAUUUGAAGGUUGACGUUUUGAUAAAUUUGGACCUGACUGAGAUUAGUUACCCAGCAACAAAAGGGAUCAGACCUGAAGAAUUGGCAUUACCAAUGUAUGAUAAGAAAUUCAUCAACAACUUGGUUAUGGAAGUAAAGCAUCAAAAACUUCAAGCACGUCUGAAUGAACAAAAGGAAGAAACUUACGUAGGAAGCGAUGACUAUAUUAGGUACCAAUUUGAAGAUUAUUUGUUGUCUUUGCUUCUGACAACUAGGUACAAUCAAUAUGUUGAAAAAUUUGGUACUCCACCUCCAGGUUUCAAUAAUACUGACAACAAAUCACAUGGUUCGCAUGGGCAUGACGACUGGUCGUCAACGUCUGAUGUAGAGACAAACAACGUACAGAAUGGAAAUUUAACGUUGUUCAAUAAAAAAUUUGUAGAACAAUGGGUUAAAACAGCAAAUUUUAGAAUUUGGAAUUCCGUUGCUGAUGAGUUUGUUUUCAACUUUUUAGAUCCGAAACACCUUGCAGUUGGACAAUCAGGGUAUUUUGGAGGGGAAGAUGAGCCGUACUUAAACAGCAUUUUCAAUGGUUUUAAGAAAUUAACAGGGGGUGGAGCUUCCCCUGAUCCUCCAACUACGCCUACUACCCAGAAAUUCAUCCCGAAGGAAGUUGAUAGAAUAGUCCAAGUUGAAAAUAAACUGCCUGAAAGGAUAGUUGCAGUGAAGAUGAGGAGCGACGAAAGGAUUGUACCAGUGACAUUGCAAGGAGGUGACAACAUCGUGCCAGUCAAGUUAGGCGGGGGUGGUGAUAAUGAUAAUAAGGAAACCUUUGGCAAAAAGAUUUCGUCUUGGGCAGGCUGGUAUAAGAAAAAGUGA